GAUUUCUGCCGAACUGAAUUGACAUUUGGCUGUCGGGGAGGCGGGGCGUGUUAAAUUUCUUGGGUAAACACAGCGCAGUUUCCAUUUCAGCUCCAUUAAUUAUAUUAUUUAUUUUAAUUUUUUUCCAUUUGGCUUUUUAGCAGUGAACUCCAAAUAUUGUUUUUUCCUGAAUAAAUGGGGCGUGCGGAGGGCGAGUGGUGGCAUAUGGCGCGGUGUGUGUGCUCUUUUCCUUACGGACAUUAGGACUUCGGGUCGCGCUCUAUAAAUCAAUUAUCCAGCCGGCGAUGUGUUGUUGACGCAGCAACCUCUCAGCCUCAGCAGCUGCGGCUCCGUGGUCUUCGCCGUAGCCAAGAAACGGCGAUCUCCGGAUCCCUGUCACCUGUCGAGAUAUUUCAUUCUUCAUGCAAGUGAGACGCUGGUGUGCCCAUUACGGAGUCUGUUCUCCAUAAAUAGAUUUUCAAAGGUUUCGCUUCCGGUCCAGCAAAAAGUAGACUUUCUAAGGCAACACAGACCUGCUUAAAUAAAUAUGAAGGAAUUGACUUCCAUGUGGUUCUUGGAAAUGAAGCAUGUGACUUGGAUUCUAUGGUGUCUGCCAUAAGUCUGGCGUAUUGCUUGGCCAAGACGUCUUCCAGCAAGAACCUCGCAUAUGUCCCAGUACUGAACAUCCCCCGCGAGGACUUUCCUCUCCGGACAGAGAGCACAUUUUUCCUUAAGGAAAACCAGAUACCUGAGGAUCUGCUGGUCUUCCGCGAUGAAAUAGACCUUGGCGGACUGUAUGAGGCGGGACGCCUGGGGUUGUCACUAGUGGAUCACAAUGUGCUGUCCAGGACAGACUCUUUCAUGGAAGACGUGGUAACAGAGGUCAUAGACCACCGCAUCCUGGAGAGGAGACUGACCCGUAAUUGCCGGGUUACUGCAGAACUGGUGGGGUCCUGCGCUACACUGGUCACGGAGAAGAUAAUCCGGGAAGCCCCUCACAUUCUGGAUUCUCAGCUGGCAUCUAUGCUGCGCGGUACCAUUGUUCUGGAUUGUGUGAAUAUGGCACCUGCGGCUGGGAAAGUCACCCCUAAAGACACGGAAUACGUGACAUUCAUAGAGUCGAAGUUUCCAGACCUGCCACCAAGGGGCGCUGUGUUUAAUUCUCUUCAGGAUGCCAAAUUUGAUGUGUCAGGUCUAACCACAGAUCAGAUGCUCCGUAAGGACCUUAAGGCCCUGGCCAGUCGGGACAUUAGGUUGGCCAUUAGUGCCAUAUACAUGAACAUAGAGGAAUUCCUGCAAAGAAAAGACCUGGAGACGGAGCUGCAGGAUUUCUGUCAGAGACACCGAUACAACGUCCUUAUCGCCAUGGCGAUUGCCUUCACCAGUGCUAAUGAACCAAUGAGGCAAAUAGCGGUGUACAGCCAUGAGGGGGCGCUGAGAGCAAUGGUGAGUAAAGUUCUGGAGCAGGCCACAACACCAUCGCUGGACCUGUCCCCAAUAACCCGCCAUCAUUGUCACCACGUCACAGCCUACAGUCAGGGCAACGUCGUUGCGUCCCGUAAGAAAGUCCUGCCCAUCCUGAAGGAUUUCCUAAAGAAAAGGGACAGCGGGGAGAGUGGCAGUCAACUCAUGCAGUCGUUCCGGGAGGCCGAAGACUAUAAUGGACGUUCUGAAUUUGCAGAAUGUAAUGUAGAGGAUAAUUCGGAGGGCAGCGAGCAGCUUGGAGAAUUCGGGGAGCAACCGGAUAACCCAGACGUUUGUGGCGGAGACAGAACGAAGGGCAAAGCAUACGGAAUGGGAUUCAGGAGGCAGAUGGAGGACGGGUUGGACGAGGAGAACUCCUUCCCCCCCACCCCUAUGAACAGUCUCGUGGAAGGUUGUCCCCUCGAUCGGGGGCUCCCAAAACUGACUGCGGAAGCCAUUUUAGAGAGGAUCAACCGUAUCACUGUGGUAGAUUCUGAGGUAAAUUCCUCGACUGAAAAACAGUGACCAGCACCAAAAAAGGAAGAAAAAAAAAUCAAAAAUAAUAUCUAAAGAAAUCGAGGUACUUGCCAAACAGUGUGCAAUUCCUAUUUUUGAUACUUUGUCAAAUUCAUUAAUUUUUAAUUUCACAGAUGUGGUUUUUAUUGUGUCAAUUACCUCAGGGCGGGGGAGAGAAGAGGGUCUUUUUUUUUGUAAAAUAUUUCCUAACAGUAUCUGUUUGCACGUGUGACAAGAGUGCAUGCUGGGAAAUCCUAUGUUAACCAGUGCAACGUUUUUUGUUUUUUUUCAACCCCCUGACUAGAAUAUUUAUUAUCCUCUUAAUAUUUGUGACACUUAAAGGGGUUCUCCACCAUAGGAUGAUUUUAGUACGUACCUGGCAGACAGUAAUGGACAUGCUUAGGAAGGAUCUGCGCUUGUCUUGGGGCUAAAUGGCUAUGUUGUGAGAUUACCAUAACACUGUGGCUAGCUGUUUGUGAACUGGUAUUUCCUGUUUUACUUUUCUUCUUAACCUACAAAUCCCAUAAUUCCAUUUUCCUCCCACACAUCAGCCACUGCACCCAUUGAAACAUAAAUGAGCUGCAUCCAUUCAAAAGACCUGUGGUUUUCAAUCAGGGUGCCUACAGCUGUUGCAUUAGUUGCAGAUUGAUCUCUCUCCCACCAAGCGAUCCCUCCACCCAUUGAAACAGACAGGCUCCCUGUCAUCAGCUGACUAGUGAUGUCAGGUCUCGGCCGCAUUGCAAAAUGGGAAAAAUCUGAGACAGCAGUCAUUUUGUAUGCUGUUAAAAAUAAAUAUUGGGGUGAAAAUCACAGAAGAAUUGUGAGAAAACCGACACACACAGGUACAGACACUAUAUAUUAUGAACUACACUAACUUUACAGCCCCUGUAGCAUAGUCAAAUAAAAAAAAAAUCCUGGAAUACCCCUUUAAAGGAGUACAGUACACUGAAGGAAUAAAAAAUGUGUUUAAAUCAGCUGGUGCCAGAAAGUUAUACAGAUUUGUAAAUUACUUCUAUAUAAAAAUCUUAACUUUUCCAGUACUUAUCAGCAGCUGUAUGCUCCACAGGAAGUUGUGUAGUUCCUUCCAGUCUGACCACAGUGCUCUCUGCUGACACCUCUGUCUGUGCCUGAAAUUGUCCAGAGCCAGGAGCAAAUCCCCAUAGUGAACCUUUCCUGCUCUGGACAGUUGCUUACACAGACAGAGGUGGCAGCAGAGAGCACUGUGGUCAGACGAAAAAGAACCAUAC